CUUCACAGCCAGGUUUCUGCAAGGUUUUUGUUUUGAAGCCGGCGACACUCUCCAGAGUCUGAAUCUUGAAAAGGCGGCUCGAUCCGCAUCUUCAUCCGAUUAUGGGCGAAGACACGCCCCUGGUCACAGAAGUGCCCAGCAGCUUGAAGCAGCUGGCUCGACUCGUCGUCCGAGGCUUCUACUCCAUCGAGGACACCCUCAUCAUUGACAUGCUCGUCAGGAACCCGUGCAUGAAAGAGGACGACAUCUGCGAACUGCUCAAAUUCGAGAAAAAGAUGCUCAGAGCGAGGAUAGCAACAUUGAAGAACGACAAAUUCAUCCAGGUCCGCCUUCGCAUGGAGACCGGUGAAGAUGGCAAGGCACAGAAAGUCAACUACUACUUCAUCAACUACAAGACUUUCGUUAAUGUUGUUAAAUACAAAUUGGAUCUGAUGCGAAAGAGGAUGGAGACAGAAGAAAGGGAUGCGACAAGUAGAGCGAGUUUCAAAUGCCCUAAAUGUUCCAAAACUUUCACAGACCUUGAGGCUGAUCAGUUGUUUGAUGUAAUAACUGGCGAAUUCCGAUGUACAUUCUGCCGAGAGAUAGUAGAAGAAGAUUUGAGUGCUCUCCCGAAGAAGGAUUCGAGAAUGCAACUCGCCAGGUUCAACUCUCAGCUCGAACCUUUGUACGACAUUCUCAGGCAAGUUGAAGGAAUCCGAUUAGCACCUGAGGUUCUGGAACCUGAGCCUGUCGAUAUAAACACAAUACGAGGAUUAGACACGAAAAAAACACAAGGAGGUAUGUGGUCAGGAGAAGCGACAAGGAGCCAGGGGUUCGUCGUCGAAGAGACAAGGGUUGAUGUCACAAUUGGAGAAUCAGAAGUACAGGGAAGCGGAAAUGCAAGGAAAGAACAGCCCAUUUGGAUGGUUGAAAGCACAGUCGUCACCCAAGAUGAUCCACAGACUGAAGCGCUUGUUGGAGCAAGUGCAGAAGUUGAAAAGGCAGUCUCAAACCCUAAAAACAGCGAUGACAUUAUGUCAGUUCUGUUGGCACACGAGAAAAAAGGUGACGGUGCGAUGACAGCCGCAGCGGUGAAAGCCGCCAUGCCAGAUAACUCAGACUCAAGCGAUGACGAACAGUCUAAAGCUGACUCGAUUGCUCCUGCUGACAUUGAAAUAGUAGAUUCUGACGAUGAUGAUUUGAUACCGGUUGUUCAUGUUGGUGACAAAUCAGUGCCGAUCACUGACGUUGACGACGCCCUGAUUGCAGAAAUGACCCCGCAAGAAAAGCUAACCUAUAUUGGAAUAUAUCAGGACUAUUUUUCACACAUUUAUGAUUAAUAAUUGUAAAUAUUUCAAUUUUAUUGCUUUUUUUAUUCUAUUUA